AUGAGUAAAACAAAAGACAUAGUACCACCUAAUUCCGGACUGUGGACCAUCCAUGCAGAUGGAGAAGUCAUUCUGAGGCUAUCAAACCAUGGGCCAGGCCAUGAGGUCCCCAUAACCAUUCCUGAAUUUUUUCGGGAGACAGUCAGUAGAUUUGGUACUUAUCCAGCCCUCGCAUCAAAGAACAGCAAAAAAUGGGAAACACUGAAUUUCAACCAGUACUACGAGGCUUGUCGGAAGGCUGCGAAAGCCUUGAUCAAGCUGGGCUUGGAGCGGUUCCACGGAGUCGGCAUCCUGGGGUUUAACUCCGUGGAGUGGUUUAUUGCUUCUCUUGGUGCCAUCCUCGCAGGGGGCCUCUGUGUUGGUAUUUAUGCCACCAACUCUGCGGAGGCUUGUCAGUACGUCAUUGCUCACUCCAAAGUGAACAUCCUACUGGUUGAAAAUGACCUACAGCUACAGAAAAUCCUUUCGAUUCCACAGGACAAGUUGGAGACCCUAAAAGCGAUUAUCCAAUACAAGCUGCCAAUGAAUGAGAACAAUAAAAACAACCUGUACUCUUGGGACGAUUUCAUGGAACUUGGCAGUAGCAUCUCCAAUUCCCAGCUGGACCAAAUCAUCGCGAGCCAGAAGGCCAAUCAGUGUGCUGUGCUCAUCUACACUUCCGGGACCAUGGGCAACCCCAAAGGAGUGAUGCUCAGCCAUGACAACAUCACAUGGUUGGCCGGGAUGGUGGCGAGGGACUGCAGCCUGUCUUGCGCCUCAGAAAAGCAGGAGGUGGUGGUUAGUUAUCUCCCCCUCAGCCACAUUGCAGCUCAGAUGAUGGAUAUCUGGGUACCCAUGAAGGUCGGGGCUCUCACCUACUUUGCUCAACCAGACGCUCUCAAGGGCACCUUGGUCAGCACCCUGCAGGAGGUAAAGCCUACUGCUUUUCUGGGGGUGCCCCGAAUUUGGGAGAAGAUAGAGGAGAAGAUAAGGGAAGCUAGUGCCAAAUCCUCAAACUUGAAGAAGAAGAUAUUUUCAUGGGCAAGAACUGUUGGCUUAAAGUUCAAUACAAAAAGGAUGCUGGGGACACAGGACACUCCCAUGAGCUACCGCAUGGCGAAGACACUUGUGUUCAGCAAAGUCAGGAGCUCCCUUGGUCUCGAUCACUGCCACAUAUUUAUCAGUGGUGCCGCACCCCUCUGCCCAAAUACCUCUGAGUUCUUUCUAAGCCUGGACAUACCUAUAGGCGAGAUGUACGGUAUGAGUGAAUGCUCAGGACCUCACACCGUAUCCAGCUUUGAUACCUAUAGACUUCUAAGCUGUGGCAAAAUCAUAAGUGGAUGUAAAAACAUGCUGUUGCAGCAGACCAGUGAUGGCAUUGGGGAGAUCUGCAUCUGGGGCCGGCAUGUCUGCAUGGGCUACCUGGAAAGGCAGGAGGAGACCAUGGAGGUCAUCGAUGAGGAAGGCUGGCUACACACUGGGGACUUGGGCCGCAUGGACAGCCAGGGUUUCCUCUACAUCACUGGCCGCAUCAAAGAAAUCCUCAUCACGGCUGGCGGCGAGAAUGUGCCCCCUGUUCCCAUCGAGAACAAGGUUAAAGAGAAGAUACCCAUCAUCAGUAAUGCCAUGUUAGUGGGAGACAAGGCAAAGUUUCUAAGCAUCCUGCUGACGCUGAAGUGUGAGACGGAUAAGACAAGUGGAGAGCCGCUGGACAAACUGAGCUUUGAGUCCAUCAAGUUCUGCCAGAGCCUUGGCAGUGCUGCGUCCACCGUGACUGAGGUCGUGGAGCUGCGAGACCCCCUGGUGUACAGUGCCAUCCAGAAGGGCAUAGAUGCUGUGAAUCAGGAAGCCACCUCCAGUGCGCAGAGGAUUCAGAAGUGGAUCAUCUUGGACAAAGACUUCUCCAUCCAUGGCGGAGAGCUGGGUCCAACAACAAAGAUUAAGAGACAUUUCGUAAUCCAGAAAUACAAAAAGCAAAUUGAUAACUUAUACCGCUGA